AUGGGUCAAAAUCAGCAAGUACAGGCACAGGAAGAAGAACUGGAGUUAAACAGCAUCCAGGACCUCUACAAGUCCUUCAUCAUGGAGUGCCCCAGUGGAUCUCUGUACCUGCACGAGUUCAAGAGGAUGUUUGGAGUACACCAUGGUACACCUGAAUCACAGUACAUGGACAGCAUCUUCCGAGCUUUUGACAUGAAUCAAGACAACACUAUGGAUUUCAUAGAGUAUGUGGCAGCGCUUAAUCUUGUACUGCGUGGAAAGCUUGAAGAUAAGCUGCGGUGGUCUUUCAAGGUGUUUGACAGCGACAACAACGGACACCUAGACAGAAAUGAACUCCGGAAGAUUGUUCGGAUAAUCUACAAGAUAAAGAAAGGCUCUGUGUCCGAUGAAACAGGAACACAGAACCUCACUUCGGAGCAGGUGUGUGAGCUCAUCUUUCAAGAAGUCGAUGUGAACAAUGAUGGUCAGAUUACACUGGAUGAGUUCGUGGAGGGUUCUAAGAGGAGUCCGUGGCUGCAGAACUUCCUGCGGCUAGAUGUCAAUCCCUGUGGAUGGGUCCAGCGGUACUUGUGUGACAGGAAACUCAUGAGUGCCAAAAAUUCCUGA